AAUUCACCCCCAUAAACAUAACGCUCCAUAUAACUACAUUACCCAGAGUGCAUCGCUUUAGCCUACAGUACAUUCUGUUGCUUAUCCGGGGAUGUCACACCGCUGCUAUUUUCUCCCCUCUGUCCCUCUCACUCUCAGCCUACAGCUCCAGCAGACUGACACGGGCUUCGGAUACACAGAAAUCAACAAUAGGACUCGAGACAAACAGAGGCCGUAAAAUGGCAGAGCUCGGCUCGGGAAGCCUGCAGUUAGGAGACUCUGUUUUUAAUUACCAGGAGCGAGAGCUGAGCGAACGGUUGAAACGUCUCUACCCGGCUGUAAACGAGGAAGAGACCCCUCUGCCCCGAUCCUGGAGCCCCAAGGAUAAAUACAGCUACAUCGGGCUGUCACAGAACAACCUGCGGGUGCAUUACAAAGGACACGGAAAGAACCACAAAGAUGCAGCAUCAGUGCGAGCCACGCACCCGAUCCCAGCAGCCUGCGGGAUCUACUACUUUGAAGUGAAGAUUGUCAGUAAAGGUCGAGACGGGUACAUGGGCAUCGGCCUGUCCGCCCAGGGAGUCAACAUGAACAGACUGCCUGGGUGGGACAAGCACUCGUACGGUUACCACGGAGACGACGGACACUCCUUCUGCUCCUCUGGGACGGGCCAGCCGUACGGACCCACGUUUACCACGGGAGACGUGAUCGGCUGCUGCGUUAACCUCAUCAACAACACCUGCUUUUACACCAAAAACGGCAUCAGUUUAGGUGUUGCCUUCACAGACCUCCCGCCCAACCUGUACCCCACUGUGGGGCUGCAGACGCCCGGCGAGAUCGUCGACGCCAACUUUGGCCAGCAGCCGUUUGUCUUCGACAUCGAGGACUACAUGAGCGAGUGGCGGGCCAAGAUCCACGGGAUGAUCGCACGAUUUCCCAUCGGCGAGCGGCUGGGGGAGUGGCAGGGCGUCCUGCAGAAUAUGGUGUCCAGCUAUUUGGUGCAUCAUGGGUACUGUGCCACUGCAACCGCCUUCGCCAGAGCCACCGAGACCAUGAUCCAAGAAGACCAGAGCUCCAUAAAGAACAGACAAAGAAUACAGAAGCUGGUCCUGGCGGGACGGGUGGGAGAAGCCAUAGAGGUCACUCAGCAGGUCUACCCGGGCCUGUUAGAACGCAACCCGAACCUGCUCUUCAUGUUGAAAUGUCGUCAGUUUGUGGAGAUGGUGAACGGCACGGACAGCGAGGUCCGCUGCUUGACCGUACGCUCGCCCAAGUCCCAGGACAGCUACCCCGACUCCCCCGGCCUCAGUCCCCGCCACGCAGCCAGCAACACACACGUGCACAGCGGAGGAGCAGACAGCCCCACCUGCAGCAACGGCGUCACCCCCCCCAACAAGUCCAAGAGCCACAGUGUCAAAUACCCCAGUCCGUCCUCCUCCGCCUCCUCCUCCACCUCCUCCUCCCCUUCCUCUAUCAACUACUCUGAGUCCAACUCCUCAGACUCCACCAAGAGCCAGCCCAACAGCGUCAACAGCAACCAGGAAACCAGUGACAGCGAGAUGGAGAUCGAGGCGGAGCAUUACACCAACGGCAUUGUGGACGGCUCAUCGGCGCGGAUCAUGAACGGCACCUACAAACACGAAGAAAUUCUGCAGCCGGACGACAACAGCAUCGGCAACGGCGUCGCAGAUGAGGGCUGUGGCAACGGCAGACAGCUGUGCGGCGGGAACCAGGCGGCCACGGAGCGGAUGAUCCAGUUCGGACGGGAGCUGCAGGCGCUCAGCGAGCAGCUGUGUCGCGAGUACGGCAAGAACGCCACGCACAAGAAGAUGUUACAGGAUGCCUUCAGCCUGCUGGCGUACUCCGACCCCUGGAACUGUCCCGUGGGCCAGCAGCUCGACCCCACGCAGAGAGAGUCGCUCUGCUCCGCACUCAACAGCGCCAUCCUGGAGUCUCAGAACCUGCCCAAACAGCCGCCGCUCAUGUUGGCGCUCGGCCAGGCAACGGAGUGCGUGCAGCUCAUGGCCCGGGUCCAGGCCGGCUCCUGCUCCUUCGCCAGAGUCGACAACUUUUUGCACUAGCGCUGGCUCAGCUUCAUGUUAAGUAGCACUGAGAAGGCAUGUCCAGCUGGUGGUUGCCAUGACGAUGAAGAGCACAGAGGAAGGUGCUGAGGAACCAGAGUGAAGAAAGCUCCCUUUUUACUUUAGUAUUAUCAAAUACAAAUGUGUGACACUAUUUAAAGAUAAUUAAUAAUAUUAUGUUUUUA